AGCUCCCCCUUGCUGCGUGCAUCGUGAUCUCGUGGAUGCAGAGACUUGCAGAGAAGCGCAGGGUCACCUUCUGUCGUGCUGCAAAAAGGGGGGAAAUACGCUCUGAUUGGCAGCAGAUACUGUUGGGUUGCAGUGGAAGCAGUAGUCUCAGGUGAUCUCCUGCUGGGGACCAACAGCCUUUUUCAAAGUUUAUGGAAACCUGACCUCCCAUUGGUGGAGAAGUGCAUGAGGAACCCAGCUCUCCUGCAGAGGACAGGUUUAGUCAUUAGAGUGCUUUGCCACAUUCAGAAAAAUGUCUGGCUCCUACGAUGAAUCUGCAGGUGCUGACGACACCAUGGAUAGCUUCUGGGAGGUGGGGAACUACAAACGUGCUGUCAAGAGAGUUGAUGACGGUCAUCGGCUUUGCAAUGAUCUGAUGGGCUGCUUGCAAGAACGUGCCAAGAUAGAAAAAGCUUACGGUGAUCAACUAACUGCCUGGUCUAAGAGAUGGAGACAACUUAUUGAAAAAGGUCCACAGUAUGGUUCUGUGGAGAGAGCCUGGCUUGCAGUCAUGACAGAGGCGGAGAAAGUGAGUGAGCUGCACCAAGAGGUGAAAAACAACCUGCUAAAUGAAGAUGUUGAAAAAGUCAAGAACUGGCAGAAGGAGGCAUAUCAUAAGCAAAUGAUUGGAGGCUUCAAGGAAGCCAAGGAAGCAGAUGAAGGUUUCAAAAAGGCUCAGAAACCAUGGGCCAAGAAGCUCAAAGAGAUGGAGGCAGCUAAGAAAACGUACCAUAUGGCCUGCAAGGAGGAGAAGCUGGCUGCAGCCCGAGAGGCCAAUGGCAAGACUGAGGCUUCUGUCACACCAGACCAGCAGAAGAAACUUCAUGAGAAAGUGGACAAAUGCAAACAGGACACGCAAAAGGCUAAAGAGAAGUAUGAGAAGUCCUUGGAUGAGUUAAACAAGUGCACUCCUCAGUACAUGGAGAGCAUGGAGCAGGUGUUUGACCAGUGCCAGCAGCAUGAAGUCAAGAGGCUAACUUUCCUCAAGGAGGCCUUGUUGGACAUAAAACGCCAUCUAAACCUAACCGAGGGCCAAAGCUAUGUCACAAUAUACAGAGAACUAGAGCGCACGAUUCAGGCCAUAAGCACACAAGAGGACCUGAGGUGGUUCAGCAACAAUCAUGGCCCAGGGAUGCCCAUGAACUGGCCAGUAUUUGAGGAGUACAACCCAGACCAAGCAGCUGCUCCUCCAAAGAAGAAGAAACCAGACGGCGCCCCACCUACUCCAAGCACCGACCAUGUGGCUCCCCCUGGUGAUCGCAGCAGUGUCAGCAGCUAUGACAAGAACCAAGCUUAUUCGACCGAGUGGUCCGAUGACGAGCAGCCCACUUCCUACUCUGGCAAUGAGAAUGGUGGGAACAGGAAUUCAUUUGAAGACGAUUCCAGCACUGGGAAAGGAGUGCGUGUUCGUGCCCUCUAUGACUAUGAUGGCCAAGAGCAGGAUGAGCUCACCUUCAAAGCAGGUGACGAAUUUACCAAGACGGAGGAUGAAGAUGAGCAAGGCUGGUGUAGAGGACGUUUGGACAGCGGCCAGGAGGGACUGUACCCGGCCAAUUAUGUGGAGGCAAUCUAGUCACGUGACCUGACAGAGACAUGCCGCUGGAGGCAGCUUGAACCCUCCCGUCCAACUGCACCGCACAUAGCCAGAGACUUAAGAGCAGAACAUCCUUUGCCCAACAGAUGCGCCAAGCUGUCUUGCCUAACUAAAACUUAGUAACCUAAAAAGACAAUAUAUCGGUAUAGUAUAUUUUAUCCAGCAUUGGGGGUGGGUGAAGCUUCACAUUCAAAAAAACAGCAGUUGUACUAUUGUAUACACUCAACUAAAACAUGAAGACAGUGCAGGAACACCUUGCUUUCUUUAUGUGGCUGUGUUUGAUAUACAAUGCAGCUUAUUAUUAACACACAGUGUAUUGCAGUGUUCUGCUGAAGGGAAGUCAGUAUAAUCAGUUUUACUCGUUUAACAUAGAUGAGCUUCUCUAACCUGCAUUGUGUAUAUACAGUGUGAUGCCAUUUUGUGUAGCAUUUUUAAUGCUGUCUAUGUCAUUCUUACAGUGGGAAUGCUGUGUAGUGUGAACUGUACCACAGACAGUAUCCUUUUUGUUUCCCCCCCCCGUCUUAAAUUCUGUCCAGCCAUUUUUCCAGUGUGUGCAGUGCUAUACGUUUCAAACUGUUUCUGAACUUGCAUAGCAGCAUGUUGCUAUGCAAAACGUUACAUUCCCUGGGUCCCUGCAGCCUCGUUAAGGCUGCAGCCUGAUGCAACACUUCAACUACAAAUGCAGCAUUACGUGCUUCUGGACAUGCAUGUGCUCCUGGUUUCACAAGACAAGGCUUCUCGAUGAACUGACCUCACAUUUGUUUUGUCCUUAAACCUAUUGUUAUGUUGUCCAGUAAAUCCUUUCACUAUAUCAUCCUCAUGCAAAUACAUGGAAAGGAUUUACAAUUAUUGCAGAAGCUCUCAUUCAUGCUUCAGCAAAUCAGGGUUCAUUUUGAUCAAACUGUGCUACCAAGGCAUACAAGCAUUACUUCAGAGCAAAGUUGGAUCAAGUCAUCUUGAGCUUGAGACUGCGUUAUAGAAGGGAUGUCUUGGAAAAUAUGUGCCUGGGACUCUUAUUUUUUUCCAGAGCAAAGGGCAUAUUGCUGCAUGUCAGUGGAUAGCUGUGCAACAGACAUUUGUUUAAAGAUUGCCCCCUCUCCAACUGGACGUGAAUGUACUAGUGAUUGGGCUUUAAAGAGGGUAAGAUGUCUAACUAUUUUCACUGGCACAAAGCAGUAGUAAUGUGGCCCUUCCCCAGCUGAGCCAAAGAAUGACCCAUCACCUCUCACUCCAUACGCUAACAACACAUAUCUUGCGAAAUAGAUGCACUGAUUUCGUUUUUGCUUCCAGGCCCAGGCAAACUCCCACAUGUCUGCAAAACCUGCUCAGUGACCUAGAGGACACAUGUCUCCAGUAUUGCACUGCAUACAAGAUGCCCCGACAGUGCAGUAUAUGGUUGUUUUUAAUAAUAUUCUGCUGUCAAGAAAUCACUGUACCUAGUUAAAGUAUUCAUACCACUUGGAUUGUUUUCAUCCUACAUGACACUUCUCAUUCAGUUGGAUUAUUUGUAAUAAAGCCUACACCAUUUAGAGCAGAAAAAAAUAAAUAAAAUGGCAGGGGUUCUGUAAGCAUAGAAGUGUUGUAUGGACAUGUAUUCAGCCCCCCUGAGACAAUAUUUAAGGAGACAGUUUUCCCUGGAAUUAAAGGGAAAGGUCCUAGAGUUUUAAACCAGCUUUAAACAUCUGGAUUCUUUUUUUCAAUAUAGAGAAGGAUGAUAUUAAAACCUGUAGGCCACACAUUCUUAAUUUAUUUUAAGUCUGCAUUUUCACCCUCCCAUAUAUAUAUAU